ACAACUGUAGAAGAAGUGUAACUGUGAUGUUUUAUGUUUGAACGAUGACAAUGAACGACAGCGUUAAUAUCUUGAACUCUGCUUAUCUGGCGGUGGAAUAUAUAGACUCUUUCUUGCCUGACAAUCCCCUGCAGCAACCAUUUAAAAAUGCCUGGAAUUACAUGCUGGAUAACUACACAAAGUUCCAGAUUGCUACUUGGGGAUCACUUAUAGUUCAUGAAGUUGCAUACUUUUUGCUCUGUGUACCUGGAUUUGUCUUUCAGUUUAUACCAUACAUGCAAAAGUAUAAAAUCCAGCAGGAUAAACCAGAAACAUGGGAAAAACAGUGGAAGUGUUUCAAAACGCUCCUCUUCAAUCACUUUUUCAUUCAGCUUCCUCUGAUUUGUGGCACCUAUUACUUCACAGAGUAUUUUGACAUCCCGUAUGAGUGGGAGGAGAUGCCUAGAUGGUACGUUCUGGUUGCCCAGUGUUUUGGAUGUGCAGUGAUUGAGGAUGCCUGGCACUAUUUCCUGCAUAGAUUGCUGCAUCACAAGAGAAUAUACAAGUAUAUCCAUAAGGUUCACCAUGAGUUUGUUUCUCCGUUUGGAAUGCAAGCAGAGUAUGCACAUCCUCUGGAAACACUUAUCCUUGGAACUGGCUUUUUUAUUGGAAUUGUGGUUUUCUGUAACCAUGUGAUUCUUCUGUGGGCAUGGGUGAUAUGUCGCUUAAUGGAAACCAUUGACGUACACAGUGGCUAUGAUGUUCCGCUGAACCCUCUUCAUUUGGUGCCUUUCUAUGCUGGGGCCCGCUUUCAUGAUUUCCAUCACAUGAACUUUAUCGGCAAUUAUGCUUCAACCUUCACAUGGUGGGACAGAAUCUUUGGUACAGACUCUCAAUUCAUUGCCUAUAAAGAAAAAGAGAAGAAGCAACAACUCAUAAUGAAGAAGAAGGCUAACUAAAUUUCCAGUGUAAAAAUUCUGAUGCUAAUACUGGUAGUCAACUUUUGCUUUUCUGUAAAGCAAUAUAGUGAUUGGGUGUUAAGCAUAAAUCUUGUUCCUUGGCUACUAAGUGGUAGGGAAAAAAGGCUAAUUACACUGCAGUAUCUUCCUAAUGGGAAUGCUUUCUAUUUUAUACUUAAGUACUGCAUAUAUUUUAACUACAGAUUUAAGGAUGAUGCAAAAAAAACCUGAGAUGACUUGUGUCUAUCCAUUUUUCUUUUUUU